AUGUAUCAUUGCGUGAUUCCUGGGAUGGUGCUUUUUGCGCCUGGAGGGCGGCCCUGUUCAACGAAGACCAUCAUGUCGUCGCGCGACGUUGAUCCCAAGUACGGAGGAGGAGCAAGCUCAGCGUUAGCAGGGGAGCCGUCCGAAUGGAAGGAAAAACACACGGAUUACUACGCCAGCGAACCUCCAGCGGACAAGUACCCAGAUAUCUACUCCAACGAGCCUCCUGCCGACGACCAAGGGGAUCUGGGUGCGAGUGCCAUCUCGCUAGAGGGCACGGUGCAAGUGGUGAAGGAGAACAUGUGGUACAUAGGCGAUGCUGCGUUGAAAAGCGUUGCAGAGGUACUUUACGGGUUCGGAAUCAGCCCGACAAUACUCGGAUACACGGAGGAGGAGCUGUUGGAGGAGGAGGAGGAGGAGGAGUAUGACAUUGCACAGCCGGCAGUACAGCGGGACGAGGUGGUGGCCAAGACGUCGUUUUCAAUGCGCAGUGAGGAGAACAUGCAGCGCCGCAAGACAGAGGAGCCAGCUCCCCCGGCGGAUGAGGCAGAGGAGGUCUACAUGGACCAAGUGAACGUGAGGAGAACAUGCAGCGCCGUAACACAGAGGAGCCGGCUUCCCCGGCAGAUGAGGCAGAUGAGGUUUACACGGAUCAAGGGAACGGUGAGGGAUGAGGAGGGGGUGAGGCUGGGGUGUGGUUCUGGUGUGGUCCAGGUGCUGUUCGGGUGUGGUUCGGGUGUGGUUUGGAUGUAG